AUGAUCUACCCGCGAUUAGCAGCAAAUCUGUCCGGCGAACCUCGCCCUGGAAUACCAUCUCCUCGACUUUGUACCAAAUGUAUACAUUACUGGCUCUCUGUAUUCCGCAAUGGUAUAUCUUUGCGCUUUGCUCAACGAAAAACGAUGUUCAUCUUACUUUAA